GCGACGUUGACUGAUUUAUUCAACUUCCGGUCCAUCUCUGGUCUGCGCUGUGGCUUUAAAAGUAAACAGACUCCGCCCCCGUUGCGUUUGUUGUACGUUUCGUUUCUUUCGAACGAACGUUCCCGCGCUGCUUUACUAAGCUGAUCUGCAUAAUGGGUUCUUCUUUAGACAAACCGGUUGAUCGCCAAGCACUUUGUCCGUUGUGUCACUGCGAGUGUUGGGAUAUAAUCACACUGGAAUGCGGACACGGAUUUUGUAGGAAAUGUGUUAAAGAGCUGUGGAGUGGCGCAUCCGUGGGCCCUUACUACUGCCUUGAAUGCAACCAAGAAAUCAGGAAGCUGCCAGACUUCCUCGUAGAGACAGACGGAGCCUCAACAUCUACAGGCACACGCACAAACUGGAAUCUUGGAAAGCGCCUCUCUGAGCACUACUCGCCCAAAAAUAUGCUAGGGAAAAGGAAGUUUGGCUCAUCUUCCUUCAGGCAGAACAGCGGAGGACACAGACUCGGCACAGGUUCAUCUGAGAAUCACACAAGCAAUGACUCAUCUGCUUAUGAGACACCAGUAAAAAAGAAAGCAGCCAGAGAAACACCUUCAUCAGAAAGACAAAGAACAUCUCCUGUGCAGGACACUUCUUCAACUAAAACCACCUCUCAAGCAUCUAACGCUUCAACCAGUAAAUCAUGUCCAGAGGAUGGUCAAAAAGACAGAAAGUUUAAUGAAGCAUCCUGUAGUGGAAUGCAGACACCAAAACAAGAGCCACCACCACCAGCCAACACCAAGUCCAAGGAGUCCCCACAAAAAUUCGGAAGCUCAUCCAACAGCGAUCAGGAUCAGACAAGAAGUCAAAAUAAGAAUUCUCCAGCAUCUUCCAGCACCUCUAAUGAAUCCAGUGAAAGACCUUCAGCUGGCAGCUCCAUAACCUGCCACUACUGCUCCAGUCGUGAGCAGAGGUCAGCUGUGAAGACCUGCCUGGUGUGUGGUGCCUCCAUGUGCUCAGAGCACCUGCGGGUUCACCUGGAGUCACCCGUGUUCCAGAGCCAUCCACUUGUGCCUGCUGUGGAAGAUGUCUCACAGUGGAGGUGCCAAGAGCACCAGGAGAUGAACCGCAUCUACUGCCGUCCUUGUGGGGUGUGUGUGUGCACUGUUUGCACUGUGAUUGGCUCGCACAAGGAUCAUGCCUGCAUCAGCAUCAAGGAGGCCGAGAAAGAGCUCAGAGCCUCUCUAAAAACUGAAAUGAAAAAAAUACAGACAAAGGAAGCAGCCAUCUUAACCGAAGUGAAGAAGCUCACAGAGAAGAAACGCAAUGUUCAGAAGUCACUGGAGGCUGUGUGUGCCGCAGUAGUGCAGCAAUAUCAGGCAAUGCGAGAGGCUCUGAAGAUCGAGGAACAGCAGGCUCUGCACUGUGUGGCCCAGGAAGAGAACAGAGUGCUGGGGAGCAUCCAGGCACAACUCGACAUGCUCAAUCCAGUCCUUACAACCAUUCAGCGCACUUUCCAUCCACUGACUAAUUUAGCAGAUGCACAGGGGGCAUCACGGGUUCAAGACCAGGCCUUCAUAAUGGAGUACAGAAAAAUAACUGAAUCUCUGAAUGGCUUGUCUGACCCUGUGGAGAAUCUGGAGUCAGUCGAGGAAGUGAACCAGGGCAAACUGGACUGCCUGCAGGAGUGGACAGACAGGAGACUGGACAUUGUAGUCAUCUCCAUGCCUCACAGAGACCCAUUUAGACUGCUUUAUGGUUUAAGUCCAACCCUGAACCCUGACACGGCUCACCCGAAGCUGCUGCUCUCCGCUGAGAACAGGCAGGUGGAGUACAGUGAGGCGCAGCAGGACUACCCAGAUCUAGAGGCUCGCUUCAGCAUCUUCCCCCAGGUGCUGGGCACGAUGGCGCUGUCCCAGGGCCGCCACUAUUGGGAGGUGGAGGUAUCUGUAGACGAGGGCCGCUGGAAGGUGGGUGUUUGUGAUGAGCACAUAGGCAGGAAGGGGCAGAAGGAUGCCUCCCGUCUUGGCUUCUACCCAAACUCCUGGUGCCUGGUUUAUGAGAAAGGCAAGGUGGAAGCGCUGCACGAUAAGGCAACCUCACCCGUGUGUGCCACUGCACUGCAGAAAGUUGGGGUACUUUUGGAUUUUGAGGAGGGUAGCUUGUCAUUCUUCAGUGUGGGUGAAGAGGGUACUCUUACUUUACUGUACAGCUUCCAGCAUGAGUUCUCUGAGCCACUGUACCCUGCUCUGGCUGUGUCCAAAACACAUCUCACUAUCUGUGACCUGUUUGCUCGAUCCACUACAGACUGAAAAGGAGCAAACUGUCAAUGUGUGAUAUUUUAUGAUUUUUAGAGUGUACUAUGCAUUAAACAUUAUCCACUAAAAUUUGGUGAGCAAUAACUGGAUUUUCCAAUACAUAAACCUAUGUAAUUUUUUACGAUUGAAUCUUUUUUUUUUUUAAUCAUUGAAAUGCAUAAAAAUUUGGAUCAAACUACAGAUCCAUUUUCAGACAGUAAAUAAUCAAAAUGGAGGACAUCUUUUUUUUUUUUUUUUUAAUCAAGUCCUGAAUUUGUAUUACAAUUUUUGUUAGAUCAACAAUUUUUGUAUUUUACUAUAAAAUAUUUCAAAUUUUCUAUAAAUAUUUCAAUUUCCUAUUCUUUCUGUCUGUGCAUUUUUUUAAACUAUUUGUGCUCACUAGGAUUGCAUAUUCACUUUGAGAAAGCUGGAUAUGUGCUUUAUGAGGGAUACUUAUGUUGUUCAUACAUAAAUGGAGUAUUAUGUAUUUAAACUUAUUAUGUAAGCUUCUCAGCUGUUCUAAUCAAACUACAACUGGCUUUACUUAUAUUUCCUUAUUAACAUGUGUAAAAAAAAAUGUAUAUUAGGUUUGCUACUUACAUGCAUUCUCCUGGACAGAGCCAUUUUGUACUAAAUAUUGUCUUAUAAAUUUUAUCACCUUGUUUGACUGCUA